AUGGAACUACAAACGGCCAAAUCAUCGGAAGGCCGACGGCGCCGAACAGUCUUCCGCAAACUUCGCCAACUCUGCAACGAGUUUGACAUGAGCGCGGUGGUAGUCUUGACCGAUAAUAUGAACCGUCAAUGGAUUUUCAAGACACAUGAUGAUGUACCUGCUAUCAGAGAGGCCCUGGCGCAUCCGCGGACUAGGACCAAUGAUGACUUCCUAAUUUUGAGGCCCGGCUCUGAGUCACCAUCGCAUUCGCAGGAAGAUUGGCCAUCUGCUCUGUUUCUUUAUUACUCUCCGUGCAUAAUAGACAUCCCGGAAAUCACCGCUCUUGACCACUUUAUUUCGCAGAACGGUCAUAUAACCGUGAAUGUCGAACGGCUACCUAGUUAUCUGAAGCAGUCCAAGCUUCACCCUGCUUCAACAAUACCCGACCUCCAGCGGGAAAUUGGGCGUCUUCGACAGGAGAUUGCAUUUCAUCAGGAGGCGCAUGUGUCUCUGAUGGAGUUAUUCAGUGAUGUGCGCGAAAUAUAUCGAUUAAUACAGGAUACGCUACAGUUGGCAUCACAUCAACAUCUGCUAGUGAAUGCGUUCGUAUUGCUCUCCUCUACCACAAAAAGAGCUGCAGCCAAUAUUCAUGCAUCACUGAGCCGCGCAUCUGAAAAGCUCGCUGCCUCUGAGGCUCGAUUCCUUCUUUCAUAUGGUAUAGCUUUGGACGAUAAAAAUACAAGUGAUUAUGCUGUCCUAUAAUCAUGAUCCAACGCCUUCUUAAGCUGUCUAACAAUGUGAGCCGCUGACCGUGCUUGUUCCUCAGCUUUUGCCAUAGAGACGCAGAAGAUUUUUGACCUUUUGAAGU